AUGAUCUGCGUUCAGACUCAACAUUUUAAUCUCAAUCGGACUCUUCUACUUGCAAUCGGUUUAUGGCCAUACCAAAAAUCAAAACUUAGUCGACUUCAAGCAACUUUGUGUUUUGGUAUUUUAACAAGCUUUGUUGUAUUCCAGUUCACAGCGUUGAUAACUACACAAUGUACUGCUGACUUUAUCAUCAAAGUUUUUUCUUCCGCAACAUUCUUUAGUAUUUACAUAAUUAAUUAUAACAUGUUCUGGAUUAACACUCAUCAUGUGAGAAAUUUGUUGGAGGAACUACAGUGUAUCUGUAAUGAGCUAAAAAAUGAAAACGAACUUGCUAUUUUUAAUAAGUAUGGAAAUAAUGCAAAACGUUGUACAUCUGUAUUAGCAUCGUUUGCCAUAUGCAGUGCGUUUAUUGCUACUUUAUUGCCUAUUUGGCCACAGAUCCUUAAUACUAUCCUUUACAUAAACGAGUCUCAAUUACAGAAUCAGACAAUACAAUUCGUAACUGAAUAUUUUGUCGAUCAACAAAAAUAUUUCUAUUUAAUUUUGCUGCAUGUAAACGCAGGUAUUUGUAUUGGGACGAUUACGUUGAUAGCGACAGGAACAAUGCUCUUGGGAUGCAUCAUACACGCCUGCGGAUUAUUUACAAUUGCAGGUUAUCGUAUGGAGCAAGCAAUGACGACAAAAAUAUUCGAAAAUAUUAACCUGGAAAAUCGUAGUAUUUGUGAAAAAAUAUUUUAUGCAGUCGAAAUCCAUCGCAAAGCUAUGAAAUUUACCGACCUUAUGUUAUCUAGUUUUGAAGGCUCUUUCUUGUUGUUGAUAGCGAUUACUGUAAUUUGUUUGAGCCUGAAUGUAUUUGCAAUCUUUCGUAAUGCAUUGCUUGGAAAUAAGGAAGCAUUUAUAUUACACCUGUUAUUUGUACUUGUCAUCUUUUUAUAUAUGUUUGUAGCUAAUUAUGCUGGGCAAAAAGUUUUAAAUUACAGUACUCAUAUAUACUCCAGCGCGUACAAUGUUCGAUGGUAUGAUGCACCAUUACACGUACAGAAGAUGAUAUUGUUGAUUUUGCAAAGGAGCAGUAAAACCUUCAGCCUAAAUAUUGCCGGACUAUUUGUAAUAUCAUUAGAAUGUUUUGCCAUGUUAACGAAAGCAUCGAUGUCUUAUUUCACCGUUAUAUAUACCAUGCAGCAAUGA